AUGGCAUUCAAGGUACUCGUUUUCGCUUCCGUGCUCGCUUACGCCAGCGCCGGAGUCCUCAGCGGAGCCCACGUAGCCGCUCCCGAGGUGGUCUCAGCUUACUCAGCUCCGGUUGUAUCAGCUUACUCCGCACCAGCGGUCUCCAAAUCCUUCGUCAGCACCUACACAUCUCACGCAGCACCUUUGGUGUCCACCUACGCAGCAGCAGCGCCCGUCGUCGCCAAAUCCGUCGGUCCCUUGGUCUCCAGCUACUCCUCUCCAAUCGUAUCUGGAUACUCCGCUCCUUUGGUGUCCGGUUACUCGGCAUCUCCUUUGGUGUCCGCUUACUCGGCAUCUCCGGUGGUGUCCGCUUACUCGUCGCCGGUGUACGCUAAGAGCGUGUCCGCUUACUCGGCUCCUCUUGGAUACGCCGGACACGGUCCGGUUGUAUCCGGUUAUUCUGCACCAAUUGUGUCCGCUUACUCGGCCGGAGCUCCGGUGGUUUCCGCUUACUCGGCUGGAGCUCCGGUGGUUUCCGCUUACUCGGCUGGAGCUCCGGUGGUUUCCGCUUACUCGGCCGGAGCUCCUUGGCAGCAGUGGUGA